AUCUUGUAGCAGCACAUGAACGUUAACAAGUAAAGCGCCAUGUUUGGAUAUGCUCACAAUGAAGAAGGCGUCGCUGCGUUUUUAACAUUUGUUAAGACACUCGUUGUCAAGAUGUCAGUAGUUUCGUGACCUAUUUGUUUUCUCUUUCCUUGCUGCUUCAGCUUCCCGCAAUCUCCCCAUUGUUGUCUUUUUCGCUGCGUCUGUCAAGUGGACGAAUCCAAAAAACGCGCUCCUUCCGUUCGGAGGUCGGAAUGACACCUGAGAGAACGCGUGCAAAAAAGUAACUUUGCUUUGGCGCCUGAGCUGAAGACAAACAACCGUUAACAUUCCCAGCCAUGGUCCACGUAGCGACUCUCCUGUAGAUAUGAGCUUGUGUCUGCAGGGGGAGGAGAACUUCCAUCAGUCCUGUCAGAUAUUCCUGAAGCAGUCUGAUCAGUUGAGAGACAGCUGGAGUUGGGAGUCUGUCCAGGGUUCCAAAGAGGGUUACCUGAGGAAGACUGUUCUCAGGUCAGUCUUUAUUGAGUCCAGACCUAAGUGGGAUCACAACGGAUCCAGUUCAGACUCCUCCAGCCACAGCGUGUCUGAUGAACAGCACUGUAUGUCUCCACAGGGUGUUGCAGCCAAUAAAGAUGUUUAUGACACAGACGGUGACUAUGAUGAUGAAGAUUCAGUGUGUGAAGGCAGCAUCCAUGUGCUUCAGUAUGAGUAUCACAUCCUGUACUCGUGCAGCUUCAUGACCCCCGUGCUCUAUUUCAGAGCAUCCAGUCUGGAGGGGAGGAGUUUGUCUUUAGAGGAGGUCUGGAGUUGUGUCCAUCCAAACUUCAGGUUGCGUUUGCAGCACAGUCCCUUGACGACCAUUACACAGCAGGAGCAUCCACUUCUUGGCCAGCCUUUCUUCAUGCUACAUCCAUGUAGAACUGAGGAACUGAUGAGACCUCUACUGCAGCUGGCGAAAGAGCAACACAGGUAUGAUGUGUGUCAUAUUUAUAUACUGUAUACAGUAGUAUUAUUUGGAUGUGUGUGUGUGUGUGUGUGUGUGUGUGUACACAGGCCAAUGAACUACAUUUUGACAUGGCUCAGCACGGUAGGUCCUCUGGUGGGUUUAGAUGUUCCCCUGGAAUACUCUACCCUGCAGCAGCUGCUGACUGAGACUGAAGCUGCUCCGUAUCCUUUGUCCCCAUCAUGAGAUGGGGAAGUCACGGCGAAGAACCGAGACAACAAUCCAGCCUGGCUUUGCCGCACUCGCAUCAAGCAUGCCCAAAGCAAUUUUUGAAGUGAUUAACAAGAACGGUGGAGCUGCUCAUUACUGAGUCCGACUGAGAACAUUUUCUUUGUUCUGGUUUGGAGAGUUUUUUGUUAUUUAAGCCAUGGUCUUAAACUUUCGAUCAGCCGAUAAACAGCCUAUUUCAGUUUAAUUGUUGUUUUCAAUAAAUUACU